GUCUGGGUCCUCUGGGUCUGGGCUUCACUUCCGCGCCCUGGGGGUUUCCCUGGCGCUGGCGGCGGCCGCAAGGCCGGCGAAGCCGCGGCGCUCGCGGCUCGCGCGGCGGGCGGAGAAGAAGUACCGCAGCACGUCCCUCUUCGCCGACGCGGCGAAUGACGAAGACCCUUUCCCCGGCAUGUCCAGCGCGCUGGACUUGCUCCCGAAGAUGGAGGCGGAGGAGGACAAGACGAAGCAGGAGCCCUCAGAGCCGGCCAUGGUGCUGAAGGUGAAGGGCGACCUCCUGGUGGUGAGAGCUGGCAAAGGCCUCUACACCCAGGACCAGCCCGGCACCAUCGCCUGCACCGACGACGCGGAUGCGGUGCUGUUGGCCUGGAAGGAGGACAUCGCCAUCCUGCAGCUGCUGGCGGGCGAGGCGGAGCCGGGGGACGAGAUCCGGCGCGUGGAG